GUUCCUCUUCGAAAAGUCUUCUAAAUAUUUCUAGAACCUCUUAGUAGAUUAAAUUUGCUAUUCUCAUUCUUUUUCUCUCUUCCAUUUUCAACAUUUUUUGUCCAUUAAAGUUUUCAAACUUGAAGAAGAGAGAGAGAGAGAGAGAAAAGGCUGAAAAUUCAACUUUUAGAGAAAGAAAAGAUAGUUAUGGUCGUGUUGUUCUUGGUGAAGAUUGGCGAAGUUGUAGCCAAUGGAAGAUUCUAAGAUAAUCAUCAAUCGUCCUAAAAAUAAUAUUGUUCAUUCUCUAGUCUUUCUUUUCGGUUUCUAUUGUUGGGGUUGGGAAUUCCUCACUGCCCUUUUGCUUUUCAGUUACUGCUUCUUCUAAUUUCCUCUUCUUUUUUUUCCUAAUAGAAUCUUGUCAAUUAAUUAUUCAAAUCCCCAAAGGGUUUUUUUUUUUAAAAAUUUGAUAGAUUUAGAGAAAGAGGGGAUGUCGCAAAGAAUAGCGCCGGCGCCGUUUCUGUUGAAGACAUAUCAGUUGGUGGAUGAUGCGGCAACUGACGAUGUGAUAUCUUGGAAUGAAAUUGGCACAACGUUUGUGGUGUGGAAAACUGCUGAAUUUGCAAAGGAUUUGCUGCCCAAAUACUUCAAGCACAAUAAUUUCUCCAGCUUCGUUCGACAGCUUAACACCUAUGGUUUUCGAAAGAUUGUGCCUGACAAAUGGGAAUUCGCCAAUGAGAACUUCAAAAGAGGACAGAAGGAGCUCCUCACAGCAAUACGCCGUCGGAAGACCGUGACAUCAACCCCAGCUGGUGGAAAGUCUGUGGCAGCCGGGACUUCAGCAUCUCCGGACAAUUCCGGGGAUGACAUAGGUUCAAGUUCAACCUCGUCCCCGGACUCCAAGAACCCGGGAUCCGUGGACACCCCGGGAAAGUCGUCCCAGUUCACGGACUUGUCGGAUGAGAAUGAGAAGCUAAAGAAAGACAACCAGAUGCUGAGCUCAGAGCUGGUGCAGGCGAAGAAACAAUGCAACGAGUUGGUUGCCUUUUUGAGCCAGUAUGUGAAGGUUGCACCCGAUAUGAUCAACCGUAUCAUGAGCCAAGGAACCCCAUCGGGGUCCAGCCUUGAAGAGUUGGUCAAGGAGGUUGGUGGUGUUAAAGAUUUAGAAGAACAGGGUAGUUAUAAUGACAACGAUGAUAAAGAAGACGAUGACGAAAAGGGUGAUACUCUGAAACUAUUCGGUGUGUUGCUGAAAGAAAAGAAGAAGAAAAGGGGUCCGGAUGAGAAUAUUGAUACUUGUGGGGGACGUGGUAAAAUGAUGAAAACUACUGUGGACUACAAUGGUCCUUGGAUGAAAAUGUCUUCGGCGGCCGGAGAAAGCAGCAAGGUUUGUAACUGAGGUGAAGUUGAUGAAUGUGUUUUGAGGUUGGAGCAGAGUAAAUUAGCUUCUCCCUUUUGAUUUAGUAAUUUCCUUUGGAUUUACAAGUUUGAUGUUUAUGAAUAAAAUAAAUAGAGAAUUUAAUUAGUAUGAGUAGUAGAGGGGUUAGAUUACUGCUAAGAGUAGUAACCCCAACCCCCAACUAGAAAUCAUAUAUAUUACACAUAUAUACAAAAUACUAUCAAGUCAGAUGCAACUGCUGCAGCCCUCAAGUUUGCUUUGUCUAGUCGAAACUCAUCAUAAUAAUAAUCGUUCUUGAUUUGUGACUUUGGUUUGAUAUGUAUAUGCAUUUUAUCAUUAUGUUCA